AUGGGCCGCAACCCGCAUACAGACCCCCAGCACUAUGCGACACCGCAACGGCUCGUAGGGCCGCCCGCCACGUCUGCGUCCGCCCAGACGGGGUUGGUAAACUAUGACUACGUGAUCGUUGGCGCCGGCGCAGCAGGCUGUGUGCUCGCCAACAAGUUGUCCGCAGAUAAGAACGUCUCGGUGCUGCUGCUGGAAGCCGGCAGCGACAACACCAAGGUCUUCGAGUCCAAGGUCCCGAUGCUAUUCUCCAAGCUCUUCCACACCCAAAAUGACUGGGAUUACUACACCGUCGAACAAGCCGAGCUUGCCAACCGCCGGCUGUACUGGCCCCGGGGCAAAGUCCUCGGCGGCUCCUCCUCCCUCAACGCCAUGAUGUAUCACCACUGCUCCAGCACCGACUUUGACGAAUGGGCCUCAGUCCACGGCUGCAAAGGCUGGAGCUACGAUGACCUUGCGCCGCAUUUCCGGAUAAUGGAGAAAUUCACCCACAACCCCAACCGCCCGCCCAUCAACCGCCAGCACCGCGGCAGACUCGGGCAAUGGAACACGGGGUAUUCGUGGCUAUCAGAGGUUGUGGAAAAGGGAUUCCUGCCUGCCUGCGAGGAAGCCGAUAUCCCUCCCAACCCUGAUAUCAACUCUCGCGAGGGCACCAUGGGCGUGACGAGGUUCCAGACCUUCAUCGACCCCAAGGGCCAGCGCGCAUCGCUCGCAACGGCCUUCCUCACGCCAGAGGUGCUGGCCCGGCCGAACCUCUAUGUCGCAUGCAACGCCUACGUGACCCGCAUCCUAUUCGACCAGAUCACCAAUCCCCGAGAGCCGCGGGCGAUAGGCGUGGAGUUCCAGAUGGCCCGGGGUGGCCCGCGCUUCGAAGUGCACGCGCGUCGAGAAGUCGUCCUCAGCGCAGGAACAGUCAACACGCCACAGACACUGCUGCUCAGCGGUAUCGGACCAGCCGACGAGCUGAAAGCCCACGGGAUCCCAGUAAUCCAAGCCAACGACGCCGUAGGCCGCAACAUGAAAGACCACCUGUGCACGACCCCCGUCAUCGGCAAGGCGAAGCGCGGCGCCUCCCUCGACUACCUAGGCGAUGGCCUCAACGCCCUCCCGGCCCUGGCGCGCUGGAUGCUUACCGGUGGUGGUCCAUUGACUAGCAAUGUCGGCGAGGCAGCUGCAUUCAUUCGCACCACGGACUACAACUUCCCCCAGACUGUGAACGCUCCCAAGGACAAUGCAUCUGGUGCUAAUGCACCAGAUAUCGAGAUCAUCAGCGCCCCCAUCGCAUUCAUCCAUCAUGGCGAGGAGAGACCAGCUGAUGGGAGUAGCGUGUUUACUCUCGUCCCGAUUGGACUUCGCCCACAGAGUCACGGCACAGUCACGCUGAAGAGUCGCGAUGUCUUCGAUCCUCCCGUUAUCGACCCGAAAUACCUCAGCGACGAAGGCAGCAACGACCGCAACGUCCUCCUCGUCGGCCUCCGCGUCUGCAUCAAGAUCAUCCACAGCCCCGCCUUCCAGAAAUACUUCGAAGCCGUCCCCGUAAACGACGACCCAACCUCCUACUGGUGGCCGUACUCCAGCAGCAACCCGGACAACAUCACCGACGAGCAGCUGCUGCGGUUCAUGGACGCGAAGGCCUUCACGCUGUACCACCCCGUCGGCACGGCGCGCAUGGGGCCGUCACCCGAGAACAGCGUUGUCGAUACCGAGUGUCGGGUGCACGGUGUUAGGGGGCUGAGGGUUAUGGAUGCGAGUGUGUUUCCUGAGCAGAUUAGUGGACAUCCCACUGCUCCUAUUGCGGCUAUGGCGGCGAAGUUGGGCGAGAUGAUGAAUGUGGGUAGGGGGGCGCCUGUUGCUGCGAGGUUGUGA